AUGGUCUUCACUUCUCCAUUCAAUACUAUCCUGAUUUUAUCUGCUAUUUUUCUUGUUAUCUACAAUGAGUACUAUGAAUUCCUAACGGUCAAGCACAGCCAAUGGACUGCAUCUGAGGCUACUCUUCCUCCACUGACCAGAUCAGAUGGACGUGAUACUGUGCGGAUUCUCUUUGUUGGUGAUCCUCAAAUACAAGGAUACCAAGAUGAGCCAGCCUUACUAGGUUACAUAACUCGAUGGGAUGCCGAUCGCUACUUGAAGACUUACUACCAUCAUGCACUCAGCUUUGUUAAUCCUGAUGUUGUGAUUAUAAUGGGAGAUUUAUUGGAUGAAGGCAGUAUAUCUUCUGAUUGGGAGUUUGAGAGAUAUGCAACAAGGCUGAAGAAUAUCUAUCAGGUACCAGAAGGAGUACAGAUAAUCUAUCUGGCAGGGGACAAUGACAUAGGAGGAGAAGGCAACGAUCCUAUUACCUCACAGAAGAUCUCGAGAUUUGAGAAGCAUUUCUCGUCUGUCACCGAAGCAGUGCAAUAUAAACACGUAGCCUUCCACAAGAUCAAUGUGCUACCAUACAUCCACCGUCCUCCUAGUGAAAGACAAGAUAGCUCCUUCAGGACUCAGUUACAGGAGAUGGGGAAGGCUACACAGAGUGCAAGUAUUCACAUAGUCCUCUCGCAUACAGGAAUCUCAGAAGCCAUGUUGCAUCGGCAUAUACAAAUUAUGCGAGUGCUGAAACCCAAGUAUGCCUUUAGUGCCCAUUCCCAUUAUUCAAGUUACAUGAAGCACAACCUACUGCAGCUGGUGGACUUCUACAAGAAGGUUUAUCCUAGAGAUAGCACAUUGGAUCGCAUCACGGAAGAUAUCUUCAUGGAGGAAUAUAGGAUACCUACUUGUAGCUAUCGCAUGGGGGUACCCAAUAUGGCGUAUGCAGCAGCUGUAAUAGAUGCAGAUGGCACCCUUCACUACACACUCCUAUGGCUUCCCUCACGUUAUAGACAGCUCUAUAGAUAUGCAGCAUUUGCCAUCUUCAUAGCAAUGAUUAUCUUCUACCGCUUCAUGUGUAGACCUCGAGCAAGGAGGAGACAUGACUAUUACUCUUACAAUUCUCAUAUUGGCUCAUGAUCAUGAUGGGUUUUGUAUAUUUAUUUUGUGAUAUUUCUUCAAAUAGUACUGUAGUCUGUGUGCUGUCUUUGCUGUGCAAAGGAAGAUUUUUGUACAAAAUGGGGGAUUUUUGUAAGUGAAAUAGAGAGAAUCUUGUUGGUGAAAGGAAUAUUGAUUGUGCUAGUGAAUACCACUAACUUUCUGAGUGGAAUUUGCUAAGACUGUUCAAAUAGCUUUGAAUAAAAUCACAUUUACAGUGAAUAAGAGGCAUUCAGGUGACUCCUGUGGGAAUAUUAGGUAUUAUAUCCCUUACUGAAUGCCUCUUAAUCACUGUCAUCUCUAUGGCCCAAAUUAAAAAAGGUAGUUUUGAAAACCAUCGGUUGAACCCAUGGUUUAUGCAGAUUUCCUGCCUAAAUUAUGCUAAAAUACCGCAUAUGAUUAAAAAUUCCAAUGCAAAAUGCACGCUUUUGUCGCAGUGCACCAAAUUGACGCCUGUUGCCAUGGUUAAAUACGCUAUUUAUUCCAUGAGUCCACUGUUUUGGACACUGUUGAACUAUAUAUUCAACUGAUGGUUUUCAAAACCACCUUUGUGAAUUUGGGCCUAGAUGUAUAAUUUGUCAAAGAAAUACAGAGCUGCAGCAAUCACAACCUACACGUAGUCUGGAUCAUAAAAGCAAUAGAUAAUCAAUGAGAGAGGAACUUUUACCAUGGUCAAGUUUUGAAUUAGUUUUGUAAGGUCAAUUUAUGCAUUGUUGACUAUACAAUGAUUUAUUUGUGAAUCAUGGAUGUCUUUUUGAAAGUUCAUAUUAUUAAUUUUAAAAAUGUCUUUGUUAUUUCAAAAGGAAAUCAUGAUAGGCAGUACAACCAUAAGGUUUAAAACAACAAACAUUAUGGUCAUUUUGGUAAUUGAUUGAGAAACUUGUCAGACUUUGGCAUUACUUGUUGGGUAUGAAACUUUUAAAUACAUGAUAUUUAAUUUAUUUAUGUUAGUCUAUAUUCAUUUUGUAGACUUUUUUAUACACAUUUUAAUAUGUUCUCAAAAAUUUAUAUUCACAAAUUGAGAAUAAACAUUACACUCUAUAGUAAUCUAGGUAAACAUGACUGGAUAAACAGUCAGCUGGCUGUAAUAUAGAGCAGUUUAUGAACUUUUGUCUAGUUUAUUAUUUUUUUUUUACUAGAAUACCAAAAAACAGUCAUUUCUGUCUAGAAUAUAGUAUUAUUUCCUCCCAAUGAGAACUGAAGACGAUGAGUCUUGUUUUUACCACACAUUGCCAAGUAUCAGAAUGUGUUAUCUUAAAUCUUCAUAUGUGUUAUGCUGGAAAUUACUAUUAUAAUAAUGAUAAUACUAUUGAUAGGAUGAAUUUGUAUAGCACAACUUUUGUACAAAUUCUAUUCAGCUGUGCUGGCAAACAGCUCUUUUAUUAGAUAUUUAUGUAUGCUAUGCAUGUGCAUUGUGUGAAUACUGGUAGAUAUAUUUUUUUUGUUGAGUCUAUACACAGGGUGUAUUAUUGUAUCAGGCUGAUAUUGAAGGAUAUGAAUUGCUUCUGCAAUGUGCAAGUAUUUUAUGACAUUGGAAUUUAUUAAGAUGGACGAACUACAUGUAAUGAUAAUUCAAGUUUACACUCGUAUUGGUAAAUGGCAAAAGUAUUGCCAAUAUGGUGUACAUUUCAAUAGAAAAUAAACUUUAAAAAGGAGUGAUAGAUAUGGUUGUCAAAUAAUCUAUGGGGUAUUAAAUAAUCCUCACUACAUUACCAAGUAUCAAUUUUCUCAAGGAAAGCAAAAUAUCAAAAUUCAAGGUGAUCAUAGCAUCAUGUAUCAAUGCGAGAACCUCUUUCAUCAAGUAUAAUUCACAACUUAUUGAGAUAUAAUAAAAUGCUGUAGCUUCUUAACCCUAUCUUGGCCGGGGGGGGGGGGGCCCUCGGAAGCCCCCCUCAACGAUUCGCACAAUAUUUUCGCCGUGCAAAUUUUGUUUACUGCGCCGCUCGCUGACUUUUUACUUCAAAGUCUUGCCCAUUUUGAGAUCAAAUUUGAGAUGCCCGGGUAUGCCGUUUCGAAAUUAUGCAACAUUUUGUAAGUGCAUGUCAGACCAAAAUUUGCUCAAACACAUUAUUUCGUGUCCAAAGCCAAUGCAAACUGUGUUUUCAACCAAAAAUCAUAAAUGUAUGAUUAUUUUUAUUUUUGCUGGUCUAAAUGGAUUUAUUUUAUGCUGUUUAUGAUCUCAAAAGAGUCCGCGACAAAGUUCAUCGGAAAACAAUGGAAAACAAAAGCUCGAAAAACAAAUAAAUACAU